CCUGUUAAUUUCGAAAAUAGUAUUAUAAUACUGUGACCCUCAAAUUGUACUUUAUUUUGGUGUAAACAUAAAAUUGUGUGACCUCACAUUGUUUGGGGUCUGAAAUGAAUUUGUUACCAAGAACGAGAGAGGAAUUUGCGCAAACAGAUUAUUGGAAUGAGUUUUUCAAAAAGCGCGGUGAAAAAGCUUUUGAAUGGUAUGGCGAGUAUAUAGAACUUUGCGACCAAAUACACAAGUAUAUAAAGCCCGCCGACAAAAUAUUAAUGCUUGGCUGUGGAAAUUCAAAGCUUAGCAUGGAUAUGUACGAUACAGGAUUUCGAGAUAUAACUAACAUUGACAUCUCACCCGUUGCUGUGAAAAAAAUGAUGGAUCUGAAUGCAAAGACGCGACCAGAUAUGAAGUUUAUUAAGAUGGAUGCAACGGAAAUGACGUUUCCCGAUGAGAGUUUUUCCGUGGCUUUGGAUAAGGGUACACUGGAUGCUAUAUUUGUAAAUGAUUCUGAAGAAACAAAAGAAAUUGUUGAUAAAUAUUUCAGUGAAAUAUUACGCACAAUGCGCAAUGGCGGACGAUACGUUGGCAUAUCUAUGUUGCAGAAACAUAUCGUUGAUUAUCUCUUGGAAUUUCUACCCCGCAAGAAUUGCAUGUUGCGAAUUGUCCAUUGUCUGGAUGUGGAGCGCGCUAACAGGGAAAGAAAUGGAGAGGAAUCGCUAACAUUACCUGUCUUUGCCAUUAUUGCAACUAAGUUCAAGAGUUUACCUAUGCUAAUUCUUGAGUUUGGACUUGGCAACGACAAAAUGCAACGUUUUCAUUCCGCAAUGGAACUGGCAAAUGCUGUGGAAUCUGUCCAAAAAGCAGCACUGGUUUGCAAUGGAUUGGCCCGUUCUAGUAUUGCUGGCCAUAAUGAAGUCGUCAUGGAUCUGCAUCGAGCUUCGGAGGAAACGUCACGAUACACAGUCUAUGUCCUGGAACAAAUGCCCGCUCGCGGGCUUGGCAAAUAUGCUGCAUUUAUUGUGCCCCAAGGGCGUGAAACAGAGUGGCUUUUUGCAACAACAGCAGGUCGUAGAAAACUACUGGCAUCGGCCAAAUUUCAACGAUUAGCCGUGGUGACGUUGCAUCGUGAUCAAGUUUAUAAUACGCUUGAGGAGGUGAAAAGUGAAUUGGCUUAUAGCAUUACGAAUCUUGCGCCUGCUGGUCUUAAAGAUCAAAUUCCAUAUUUAUCAUUGGGUUCCGAGGUAGGGAAGCGGGAGACACUAAUUUCUGGUUUCUCUAAGCUAUCUGGUGACUUCCGUAUUGAAGAAGUAGAAGUUGAUGGCAAAACAUUACGUCGCCUAAUCUUUCUUAAGAAUCAGUUUGUUGUCCAAUCUGAAGCAUUAGUCAAAACAGUUAAAAUCAAAGGAAAAAAGGAUCGGAAAAAAAUAGAUUUUGGCUACCUGGCUUGCCAUCAUCAUCUUUAUAUGUGUGUUGGAGUGCAGCUUGCCCCAACUUUGGAGUGUUCCAAAAAAGAUAUACAGAACGACGUGCUGGUCAUUGGCCUCGGCGGCGGUGGUCUGUGCAGCUUCCUACAUGCAGCAUAUCCUCAAACACGUAUUACGGCUGUUGAAAUUGAUCCCAUAAUGUUAGAAGUAGCUGAGCAAUAUUUUGAGCUUAAGCAAGACAAUCGCCUGCACGUUGUUAUCGAUGAUGGCCUUGCUUUCGUGGAACGCUGUUCUAAUGAAGGCAUACAAUUUGGGGCAGUGCUUUUCGAUGUGGAUAGUAAAGAUCUUUCGUUGGGCAUGAGCUGUCCUCCUUUAAGUUUUCUCGCCCCUAAGGUACUCAUGGACAUAAAACAGAUAAUAGGCUCCACAGGGUUGUUCAUGUUAAAUCUGGUGUGUCGGGAUGAAACUUUGCGGGAGGAAGCGAUAACGAAUCUGCAGAAACAGUUUGCAUCCGUCUGUAGUUAUAAAUUGGACGAAGACAUCAAUGAGAUUGUGUUCUGUGCAAACGACGAAAGAUACAAAACUGUAGACCAAUGGAAGAAAUACAUGGGUACGGCUGGACGUCGCCUCAACAAUGCUGUUAAAGUUCAAAAAUUAAGCGACAAGGAUGUGCUCGAUGUUGCGGACUUUUUAAGCGAAUUGAAAAUAUAAAACCAAAC